CAUCUUUACUUUCAUCGUUUUAAUCCUCCUUCCAUCCGCGGUUUCGAGUGUCGGUCGGUGGUCCUCGCGCACUUUUUCCGCUUAAAUCCGCCCGAAAUCUUUCGCUUCGCGUUCCGAAACCGGUCCCCGCGGACGCGCAAUCGUUCCGGCCAUCACGAUUUGGUGAAGUUACGGCGGUGGGACGGGAAUCGGUGCCAUUUUUCGGUGCUUUUCGCUACAUCCUGUGCUGCUGCUUUUGAAGGAGAACAAAAAAAAAAGAUUUUGGUUCUGUCCGUUCCCGUUGGAAGAAAGAGAAGCGUUCUGGUGCGGACCUCCUUGUCUGGCUGCUGUUGCCCCUGUACGUGUGUCUGUUUUGAUCUGUUUCAUCUGGUGCUGGGCUGAGAUUUUUUCUUUCCUCUAGCCAAAAGUGUCGAAAAUCGAAAAGGAAAAUAAAUUAACGGAAAAGAGGGAGUGAAGGAAAAAAGAGUGUCCCCCGAAAGUUGACACCCGAGACGGCAGCGGCUACAAAACAAACAAAAGUGCCACUUGGAACCACUUGAAGCGGCUACCUGCGCUACUUUUUUGCUCUCGGAAUAAAGGAUUUGCUCCGGAUUGUCCGAAAACGAGACCAACCUUAUCAUCUAGCUCUAAACGAAAAACGCAUCACCCCGCGUACGACGCCGGUGGACGCCGACCACGACGACGACGAGGCCGCCGGCACCGCUGCUAUGGCCUGCUGCGAUGCUUGAGCGGGUCCGGAUCGGUGGUUUCAGCGGAACGUACAAAGUGAGAAGUGCCGAGCUGGCGCGCGACAAGAAAGCCGCGUCCUCCCCGGCGGCGUCGACGACCAAAGCCGUGACGGUUCUGUUCCUCGAUGACACCACCCACACCUUCCAGCUAGAGAAAAAGGCCAAGGGCCACGAGCUGCUGGAGCAGGUCUUCCGCCAUCUGGAACUCUCCGAGCGGGACUACUUUGGGCUUCAGUUUCAACCGAAAUGCAGCAGCAGCUCCAAGGGAAAGCCGGUGGUCGUCGAUGUCGUCGGUGACAACGGGAGUUCCGGCAGUUCCGGAAGUGGCGGUGCCAAUGCCAAUGCGGGACUGCUGGUGGGCCCGGGACGGUGGCUCGAUCCGAACAAACCCUUCCGGAAGCAGUGGAACUCGGUCCGGCUGUCCGGGGAAGCGUGCGCGACGCUCUCGUUCCGGGUCAAGUUCUACGUGACCGAUCCGAGCCGAUUACACGAAGAGUAUACGAGAUAUCAGUUUUAUCUGCAGAUAAAGCGCGAUAUUUUCAGGGGGAAACUUCCGGUGGGACUCAACACCGCCUGUCUGCUCGCUAGUUUCACAGUGCAGUCUGAACUGGGCGACUACAACCCGCUGGAGCACACCCACGGCUAUCUGGCCGACAUGCAGCUACUCCCCGAGCAGAACGAGGACACCGAGCACCGGAUAUCGGAGCUGCACAAGCUGCACCGCGGCCAGCUGCCGGCCGACGCCGAGUACAACUACCUGGAGCACGCCAAGCGGCUGGACAUGUACGGGAUCGAUUUCCACCGGGCCACGGACUCGGCCGGCAAGGAACUCAGCUUGGGUGUGUCCUCGAUAGGUUUACUAGUCUACCAAAACGGUAUUCGCAUCAACACCUUCUCCUGGUCCAAAAUGGUCAAGGUGUCCUUCAAGCGGAAAGAUUUCUUCAUCCAGCUACGCCGGGAACCGUCGGAAAGCUACGACACCCUGCUCGGCUUCAGCAUGGGUGCCCACCGGAACGCCAAGUCACUGUGGAAGGCCUGCGUCGAGCAUCACUCGUUUUUCAGACUGCAACGACCGCACCGUUCACCACGAUUCCUGCCAUUAACCUUAGGUUCUAGAUUCCACUAUUCCGGCCGCACCGAACUGCAAGCCGUCCAGGAGAGCCGCCAGCGCGGCAAGGUGGCCAAGAUCUUUAUCCGAUCGCCCAGUAAACGAAUGAUGCUCAGUGCAAGCCAGCCGCAGUCACCGUUGCUGAAUGGUGGUGGUGGUGGUGGUGAGGGAAGUAACGGAAGUGGUGGGAAUAGUAAUGGCAACGGGAAGAAUCAGCUCUCGCUGUUGUCGUUGACGAAGGGCAGCCGGGCCGGGUACGACAAGGUCACAUCGAAGACGCCGUCGAUUCCGAGGAAGGCGUGGGAGCAGCAGGGUGAUGAUCCCACCUUCAUCGAGCACUGCGCCCGCACGUACGAUGCCCAGAUUCCGACCAUGUUCGACUCCCCGCCGGCCUACAACGGCAUCAACAACCCGGAAAACGUCGUCCCCAACGAGGAGGGUCUCGUCACGAUCCGGCUAGUCGCCGACGAGCAGGGCCGCUUCGGGUUCAACGUCAAAGGCGGGGUCGACCUGAAUCUCCCGAUUCAGGUGUCGCGCGUGGCCCCUCACACUCCGGCGGACCGCAGCACGCCCCGAAUCUGCGAGGGUGACCAGCUGGUGUUGAUAAACGGGCGCGACGUGGGCACGAUGAUGCACGAACAGGUCGUGGCGCUGAUUAGGGCGUCCCGCCAGGGUGGCGAGUUGAUGCUGACGCUGAAGCCGAACGCGUUGGUGGAUUAUUCGGAGGAGGAACCGCUGUAUCAGUACGUUCCGGACGAGUGUGACAUCGUGCGGGGCACGGAACUGAACGGGGAUCAACUGUUUACGCAGUCGCUGCUGCUGCUGAGCGACGGGUUGGCGUCGGGGUCGCUGCUGGCGCAGUACGAGCAGAUGUACCGGAAGAAUGCGGACCUGGCGAUUACGGAGGCCAGGAAGAACGAGAAUGUCAACAAGAAUCGCUACCGGGAUAUUUCGCCUUAUGAUUGUACGCGGGUUGUACUGCUGAACGCCGAAAGUGGUGACUACAUCAACGCAAACUACGUCAACAUGGAGAUUCCGCCGAGCGGAACGAUCAACCGGUACAUCGCAACGCAGGGGCCACUUUCAACGACCGUCAACGAUUUCUGGCGCAUGGUCCAGCAAGAGAGCAGCCACUUGGUGGUCAUGCUAACGACAGUCAUGGAGCGUGGUCGUCCGAAAUGCCACCAGUACUGGCCAUCCGCGGACGAGGAACCGCUCCAGCUGUCGGAAGGAUUCUCCAUCAAGUGUCUUAGCGAGAAGCCGGACGAAACGGGCAGUUUCGUGUUUCGGGAUCUUGUCAUGACGGACGAAAAGUCGAAAGAAACGCGCGUAAUUCAGCACAUGCAGUACCUGGCCUGGCCGGACCACGGCGUUCCGGCCGACCCGGAUCUGUUUCUGCAGUUUACCGAGAAGGUCCGGGCGGCGCGGAAUACCACCCUGCUGCAGGAGAUCGAGGCCAGCUUGAAGAACGUCAAGCUGAGGACGAUGGACGACAACGGAGGGCUGGACAUGUCGGAACGGCGCGUCAUCCACACGGACAGCGACGAGAGUCCGAACGAUAUGCCGUCGUCGACGUCGGUGCAUCAAUAUAUCAGCGCAGCUAAUCCGCCAAUCAUCGUGCACUGUUCGGCCGGAAUCGGUCGAACCGGUGUCCUCAUUCUGAUGGACACGGCGCUGGCCCUGAUGGAAACGAAAGAGCCAAUCUAUCCGCUGGACAUCGUACAAGCGAUGCGUGACCAGCGGGCCUGUAUGGUGCAGAAUGUGAGCCAAUACCGUUUUGUGUGCGAGUGCAUCUGCGCCGCGUACAAAAAGAUGGUCACCCAGGAGGCGUCCGAACCGCGCAUCAAAACUCCCUCCGUGAUAGCUGCUGCUGCUCCACCGUCGUCCACCCUGCCCACCACUCUCAACGGGCAACAUUCGCCGACCUCGUCCUCGUCGUCAUCAUCGCCCACCGACGAGGAGCAACCGGAACGGCGCCGUGCUCCCCUGGCGGCCGAGACGACCAGCCUGACGACGACGCCAACCACGACCAACGUGACGCCGACCAGCGGCAACGAAGAAGACGACGAACCGAAAACGGUUACGAACUGUGGCGGCGGCGCGGAAGGCUCUUGAUUAGAAACCGACGUUUGAAUGGUUGUGCUUUGGUUGAAACGUAUCCAGUAUCCCCAGAAUUUAAGUUGAUUCCUUUUUGUUUUAUCUAACGCCCCAUCUCCGUAUCUUCUCAACUGUAACGAGCGUGCAGCUACGUAUAUUUAUGAACCCCGUAUGUAAAAAUACGCAUUGUUUCACUCGUAGAGAUUGUGUGAUUCACCUGCAUAUAAUAUUAUAUUAUGGUAAUUAUUUAACCUAAACACUUUUUAACAGUAUCAUUUAAUCAGUGCUACGUGUUUAAGUCAUCAUUAUCAAUCGGUAGAGUAGAUUUCCGUGAGCGAAGAAUUUAACAAACUGCGUCCGUUAGUUAACCCUUGAAAAAAAAACUUGUGCGUCCCCUUUUCCCCACUUUGUGUAAGGUAUAUUGUCUGAAAUCGAAUAAAAAAUGUGUUUUGUCAAUUUCUUCAA